AUGCAUGCCUCAGAAUCAGGAAAGUUAUCUACUGUACAGGCUCUCACACAUGCAGGCGCUGCGAUCCGCGCUCGAGAUAGCACUGGCUCCACACCGCUAUAUCUCGCUGCUCUUGGAGGUCACAUGGAUGUCAUUCAGUUUUUGGUUGAGAAGGGGCCGAGUCACGGUCCAUAUAUGCGCUCAACGUCCUUUUGCGUUAGGUCUCCACUCACCGCGGCUGUGACAUCAGGUCAUGUUGAGAUUGUGCAGUGCUUAAUAGACCAUGGCGCCACGAUAAGUGAGGCGAUGUUUUUGAUCGCUGGUUCCACCGGCGAGCCGGAGGUACUGAAGAUUUUAGCGCGGCAUUCGAAAUUUCCCGAGGCUGCGAAGAAUGCUGCGGAUCAGACUAUCUUUGCUGUUGCAGCGGCUGCUUGUGGCUUGGGUGACUUGCUGACACGGUCUAUCUCGUUGGGAUGGGAUGUUAACCAGGUAAUCAUGGACGGAACCGAGUUGAGUGCAUUGGGAUGGGCAGCUGCCCACGGGCAUUUGGAAAUUGUCUGCAUGCUGCUAUCACACGGUGCACAUCCGGACGGAAAGCAAGGUUUCGAUAACAGCGUUGCCUAUCCGGCCCAUCCAUUGCUAGGGGCCGUCAAGGGAGGGCACGAAGAAAUCGUCUCGCUAUUGCUCGAAAACGGAUCCAAUGUGAAUGUGCGCGAUGAUAACUCGGAGAUCCUGUUCUACGCGAUCACAAACCCCAGAACUUUCAGGAGGCUCCUGGAGAAGGGCGCGAUGCCAAACGGUUUUAAGGGAUGCACCCUUGAGAAUCUCGCGGGACGUGCAGUGAAAGCUGGGCAGGCAUCUGAGGUUCAGAUGCUUAUUGAAAUGGGCGUUGAUUUCUCCGUCCGUGGUUCUCGUUCAGCGGCGUCACCCUUCCUAUGA